CACAGCUGUUUUGACGUCUUGACGUUCGGGACCGUGAUUGUGUGAACGUUAUUUUGUUUCGUCGCGAGCUCUUUUCGAAGCGAAUAAAAUUGUCUAUCGAUAUUUGUAAACGAUUAAUUGGGAUCACGGGAAUUUGUGGGGGCGAGUGUUUUUGGUGCGUGUACCCCUUUGUUCCAUCGGGAGUGUGUUUACGUACGCGAGUGACGAAGAUCCCGUUUUGGAGAUCGACGACAGCAAAUUUUACUACCAGUGAAGAGUACCGGCGAAAGUCUUGUUUCCCGCGUGUGAACCGAAAAAUUCGAUUACGGAGUGACGACGCAAGGUCAACAACGGUGGCAAAGAGUUUCUCUUUCCCAAAUUGUAGCAAAUUUGAGUGUGCCGCGUGUGUCUUUGUCUGUGUCUGUGUUAGUGUCAAUCAAUAGAAGAGAAAGUGAGGAUCUACUUGAAAUUGUCGCCAAUUUCCAAGUAGCCGAAUCCGUGGGAAGAGGAAAAGCACUUCCGUCCCGCUUCAGUGUUUGUUUAUGUGUCUCAUAGGAAAGCAAAAUAAUAGCGUGUGUGUGUGUUAGAAGAAAAAUAAAAUCGGCCAAUCGAUUCGGGGUGAAGUUAAAAUGAGUGAGCCGACGAAUGGUGCAAGUGCAGAUGCCGACGAAGGCAGAACGAAUGGCUCCACGGAUGCCAAACCAAGUGGCAUUCAGCCGCCGAAGCUUCGUGCUUUGCCGAAACCUUCCGGAAUGAGGCCACCGUCGAUGUCGCUGAGUUCGUCGACCACCUCGCUGGCGAGUACGAGUUCAACAGCACCGGUGGCCUCGAAGGUCACCACCGGUGUACCAGCAUCACCGACAGUGGCAGCUCCGAGCCGCAUUGGGCGGCCUUGCCAGGGCCAUAUCGCACCGAAGGCUGGCCUACCGUCACCGGAACCGAAAAACGGCUCAUCGGACACCACAUCGAGUAUUCUAGCGAGUAGGAUGAGACGGCCUAGCGAUACGGACUACAGCAAGUCGCUGUUGGCAGACGUUGACGAGGAAAGCGAGACUGACCUGGCGAACGAACGAACAUUGAGAUCUUCCCACUCACCCGAUUCCGGCUUCCGAAGCAAUCGGACCUCCCAGGACCGGAAGACGUCAAGUACAUCUACCGGAUCGGAUCUCUACUGGGAGGCGACUGGACGACGCAGGAGCUCAGAUCAAGGAGUUGUCCUGACGACCGACACGGAUGGAUUUAUCAUUGGCCAGCGCGUUUGGGUUGGAGGGCUUCGGCCAGGACAUAUUGCAUACAUCGGCGAGACACAUUUUGCUCCCGGAGAUUGGGCCGGGGUGGUACUGGAUGAGCCCAAUGGGAAAAACGAUGGGUCCGUUUCCGGGAAGAGAUACUUCCAGUGUGAACCCAAGAAGGGGGUCUUCUCCAGGCUGACGAGACUAACAAGAGAACCCUUGCCUGGAGCAAGCGGAGGUAUGAGCGGCGGUGAAAGCUCCCUCGAUCAUAGUGUGAGAUCUCUCACCUCUCCGGUACGCUCCGGUGCCGUAUCUCCGACGCACAGUGUGUCUAGUUUCGCUUCCAAAUCGCCGGCAAUGGGCAAAGCAGCCACCUUGUCGGUUGGUGAUCGUGUUAUUGUGUCUUCCGGCUUUGGCUCUAGGCCCGGCAUUCUGAUGUUUCUUGGCGAGACACAAUUCGCCAGCGGAAACUGGUGUGGAGUGCAACUGGACGAACCCAGCGGCAAAAAUGAUGGUUCCGUCGAUGGCGUUAAGUAUUUCGAGUGCCCAUCCAAGUACGGCAUAUUUGUCCCGAUUGCCAAGGUUACACUCUCACCGUCUUCCCGGAAAACACGCCUAUCCCGAUCGGGCUCGAAGGAAUCCCUCACAUCGGUGGGAACGAUGAGCUCAAUCGCAACCACGGCCACCUCUAGACUUCGUAUGAGCGCGCAGAGAAAAUCAUCGGUCAGCACAGUGCCUUCGACGCCGAAAGCUUCGUUCUCGCUACAGGACGUUUUACGGGAAAAGCAGAACCACAUCGAACAGUUGAUACGGGAGCGAGAAAUCGAUCGGGAGGAGGGCGCUAACCAGACAAUCAUGUACCAGAAGAACGUACAACAGCUGAAGGAGAAAAUUGCGAAGUUGGAAGCGCAGCUGAGCGAGGAAAAGCGUCGCAACGAGGAUCUGCAAUUUAGUGUCGACGAAGUGACUUUCUGCGGGGACGAGCUGAGUGGAAAAACUCAAAAUUCCUUACAAGCGCAAACACAAAUCUACAAGGAGCGCAUUGCGGAGCUCGAAAAGCAGGUGGGCGUUAUCAAACCGUUGGUACAAACAGAGCCCGAUCUUCCAAUACAAAAGCAAGUUGGCAGCGCGGAACUGAACCUUGAGAUCGACAAGCUCAAGGCGGAACUGGUCCAGCGGGACCAGAGGUUGCAGCUUGCCGGCGAGCUCAAACAAUCGCUCGAGGAUGAGAUCAAAAAGCUUCACGAGCGGUUGGCCGACUCGGAGAAGGAUAUCGACAUCAAGGUGUCCAGCUAUCACAUUAGCGAGCAGUGUCUCAAGGAGAAAAUUGCCUACCUACAGGACCAGCUCGAUCUGUUGGGAGUGGAGCUGACCGCGAAGGAUGCCGAGAUGGAGAAACAGUAUCUGGAUCUGAGGAAUGCCGAGGGCCAACGGGAUGAGGAGGUUUCCCAGCUGCAGAAUGAUUUGCGAAGCAAAGAAGCUUUGGAAGCGGAGAGGGAUAAACUCGUGGAGAAGCUGACGGCUGAAGUCGAAACGCUGCUUGGCGAUAUCCGACAGCGUGAUGUGAAAUUGUUGGAAGGCGAGAGUGGGCUUAAAUCUGUACUGGAGGAAAAAGAUGGUCAGAUCAGUAGGUUGAAAAAAGAACUGCAAGAUUUGGAAGCGCAAAAAGUAAGUUCUGAGUUGGUUUACGCAGAGAUGAGUAAGAAGGUUAGCGACCUAAAUGCGAAACUUGUUAGCACUGAGGAACAGCUGGCAAAACACGAAGAAAGCGUUAAAGAGCUGAAGAAGACUCAGCAGUCGUUUGAAGAGUCUCUGAAAAGCAAAGAUAAACUAAUCGCAGAAAGAGACUUGCUUCUCGGUGAAAUCCAAGAACAGCUCAAAGCCAGCUCAGAUGGAAACGAACAACAGCUGGCUCUUCUCUGUGCCAAAGAAAGUGAAUUGGAACAGCGACAACAGGAAGUUGACUUGAAACAGUACCAAAUCUCAAAUCUUGAAGCAGCUGUCGCUAAUCUCAGCCAGAAGCUUGAGGAAGCCGAAAAAGACCGGGAAAGCCGUCAGAUCGAACAUCAAGCUAGUGUGGACUUUUUGAAGAAAUCGAACGAUGAUCUGCUCAAAAAAGUAACCAACUUUGAGACUGAACUACUUGCCAAAGAAAAGCUGCAGGAGGAAAGCGAAACGCUAGUCAGUGCCCUCCAAAGCGAACUGAAGGAACUCAACGUGGCCAAAUCGACUCUAACGCGGGAACUCGAUGAUAUGCGGAAUAGUUUCACUGACAGAGAUGGUGCCCUGGUGAAGAUCAGCGCAGAGAAGGCACAAUUGGCUGAAGAGUUGGAGAAAGUGAGAAAAGAAUCGAAUAGUGCUGUAGCGCUACUGGAAGAACGGCUGAAAAAUGCCCAGGCACAACAUGAGGUCGAUCUACGAAAGGCCAAUGAAACCCUAGAAAAGGAAACGAAAGCCAAGGAAUCGGUCAUCUGCGAAUUGGAAGCAUCGGUAGAAAAGUUGACGCAUCAAAGAAUCGAACUCGUGGCAGAGUUGGAUAGCAUAAAGCUAACCCAGAAGAAUGUCACCGACGAACUUACCGGGAAAAACUCCGAAAUCCAAGAAUUGCACAAACAAAUCAACACUUUGGAAGUGGACGUUUCUUCCAAAACCGAGAACCUGGCCAAAUUACACCAAAGCUUGUCCGAAGGUAACACAAAAAUCGAAACUGGCGAAAAAAGACUUUCCGACCUCCAGGAAUCUUUCGGUAAGCUGGAAAUCGAACAUGCGGACCUCAAGCGGAAAAUGGAAGCGUUGGAGCAGAAGUCCACCCAAAUUCAGCAGCAGAAGACGGAUCUGGAGAAAGAAAUUCACACCCUUCGCUCGUCCACAUUGGACUCCAACUCCGAGCUGGCCCGAACCGUGGAAGAACUCAGCUUGAAGCAGAAGGCACUGGAAGAGCUGCAGGAUGCUUUCGAUGCUACCAAAAUUGACAUGGAACGACGGUUGGACGAGGCAAGUCAGACCAAUUCCAACCUGAAUGAACAGAUUGAGCGCUUGAGGGGCGAGAUGCAGCAAAUAUCUAGCCAGAAGAUCGACCGGGAGAAUGAGCUGAACGUGGAACUCGCGAAGAUCAAGGAAACAUCCGAGGUUGAGAAGGAUAAUCUGGUGCGAGAAAUUGCUGGCUUGAAGGCAAGCUUCGAGGAAGAACGGAAUCGGAUGAUGAGUGAAGCGGAGAUUAAAUUGACAGAAUACGAUACUGAGAAGCGAGAAAUGACAUCGACUGCCGACCAAUUGCGGGAAACUCUUGAAAAAAUGACAGCGGAAUUACAGCGGACGAAGGAGAACUAUGAAAAAGAAAAGCAGGAAGCGGGACAUCGAUGGGAGCAACAAAACGAAACGCAGAAAUCUUUGAUGGAUCAAAUCGAGAACCUACAGAAGGUUAAGACUGAUUUACGUAAAGAAAUCUCCGAUCUUAAACGCUUGAACGAAGAGCAAGGUCAUGGUGCUUCAGCCCUACUCGAUGCCAAAAAUAACAGGAUCUCUGAGCUUGAACAGGAACUGAAAACCGUACAGGACGAAUUCAACACCAAACAGGCAGAGUGCAUAGAAUCAUGCCGCAAGCUGGAACAGAAUGUGGAAACUCACUCGGAGCUUCUCAAGCAACUGGAGGGAUAUCUAUCUCAAAUUCAAGAACUGACCAAUAAGAAGAGCAGCGUUGAAUCCGAACACCAACAUCUAUCCACUGCGUGGAACGAUCUUAAGGAAAAAUAUCAAGAAAUGGAGGAAGAGCAAGUGGAUUUGGUGAACCGGGAAGAAAUUCUUAAAGAACAGCUAGAACAACUAAAAAUACAAGUUGAGACUACUGAAGGUCAAAACCUGAACUAUGUAUCCCAACUCAAUUCCAAGGCUCAAGAAUCGAUCAAGCUAUCCGAAGAGAUUCAAUCGCUUAAAUCUCUCCUCGAACAGGAAAAGAAUCGUCUGGAAAGCGCUGUUAGCGAAAAGGAGACAACAAUACAAGAAAUGAGCACAAAACUUGAGAAACUAACUCCGUUGGUGAAAUUAACCGAAGAACUUCAGGCGGAAAUCAAUUCCAAAACACAGCUGAUCGGUCAACAAGAAGAUGAUAUACAGAAACAGAAUGCUGAGCGAGAAAAUCAGCAAAAAACUAUCCAAGAACAACGAUCAGCUCUCGAGCAACGGGAUACCGAAUUGCAACAACUUCGUGAAGCAUUAUCGCAGAAGACGACUACAACCGACCAGUUGACAGCUAAACUACAAUCAUUGGAGAUGUGCCUUACUGCGACGAAUGAGGAAGGACAAAAAGGCGCUACAGAGAUCGCCAAUCUCAAGGCGCAGCUGGAGAAGUCCGCAUCCGCCGCGAAGGAACAAAAUGAGACCUUGAAAGACCGGAAUCGAACAAUCGCUGAGCUGGAAACAAAACUGUCCGCCCAAAGCGAACAGUUGGAGGAACAGCUAAACCGUAAGAAAACAUCAGAGACUAAAAGUUCUCAAAUAAUGCACGAAUUGAACCAGAAGCUGUUGGAACUGGAAAAGAUGAAGCAGCAGGAAAUCGUCGAACUGCAAGCCCUGCUAGCGGACACCACUAACCGAUACGAAACGCUGAUGACGGAAUCCAGGCGGACUGAGGAAUCUGUGCGAUCCACUGGGAAACGUCACCAGCAGCUGGAGUACGAGAAGCAGGAGCUGCAACUGCGUGAAACUGAGAUGCAGAUAGAAAACCGAAAGCUGCAGAGAGAGACUGAAUUGCUAAGGGCGCAGCUUGCGACGAAGGAAGGUGAGAUUAAGAAACUCUCCCAGGAAGUGGCUUCCGGGACGACUCCGGCAUCGAUUCUCCCGGUAGCCGCAGGCUACCUUUCGUCGAACGACGAAAAUGAUCCCUCACAAAUCGAUUUCCUCAAGUCGAUCAUCGUUGAUAUGCAGAGGAAAAACGAUAAGCUCAAGCUACGAAUUCAGGCCAUGGAACAGACUAGCAUCGAUGGGAUUAGCCACAAUAGCAGCUUCGAGUUCAGCAAACGCAAGCCAGUGCCCCGGAUGUUCUGCGAUAUCUGCGACGAGUUCGACCAGCACGAAACCGAAGAUUGCCCGAAGCAGGGCUCGGAUAGUCCGCCGGAAUCGCUGAAGCACCCGUUGGGGGACGAAAAGGAGCGGAAGAUACCUCCGCCCCGGAAGUACUGCGAGGGAUGUGAAGUGUUUGGACAUGAGUUCGGCGAAUGUCCCGACGAUGAAACGUACUAGGAUCGAACCAGUGAGACAGGACAUGCGCGCACGCUCCCAAAAUGCUGUUUCUGUUGUACAAGUAAUUAUUGUUCUCGUUGUACCAGUUAUUUCAGAGAGCCAAGUGUAGUUUUUAAUUAUGACAAGUUAUUUAUUUCAACACAUAAUAAUGUCCAGUGGCCAGCGAAAAAAAAGUAACUAAAUCUGUGACUGAUAGCAAUAUAUGCGGAUAGAAUAGCACAUCGAGAGGGGCGACAAUAGAUUUCGUUAUAUGCACAAACUAUAAUUACAUGGCAUUUUAUAGAUCUUCACUCUCAGAAAAUUUGUUCGGAACCAGUGAAUCACAAAAAAAACCUCAGUGCAGUUACACGAUAUUACUGUUUUAUUUAUGCUUCAAACUGUAGCUAAUGUUUAUCAUUAAUAUAGAUAGAAAAAAAUAAA